AUGGUAUGGUGGAUUAUGAAGUUGCAAGGAGGAGGAGAUAACCCUGCUUGGAUCGGCCUGUUCAGAGAUGCCUGGGAGUGGUCAGAUGGCAGCAGCUCCUCAUUUCGGCUCUGGGACUCUGACAAACUGGUUCUGGUCCGUGAGAAUAAGACCUGGAAAGAGGCGCUGCAGUACUGCCGAGAGCACCAUGUGGACCUGGUGUCUGUCAGCGCUGGGUGAGUGAGCGGGCAGUGGAGAGUCUCCACUGCUCACGUGUGGCUGGGCCUGCGUCACGCCUGUGGCCUGGGCUGGUUCUGGGUCUGUGGAGAGACCGUUUGCUACAACCACUGGGCCCCAGGACAAGAGCAAGUAGAGUCCUGCAAACACAGAGCGGGGGCAGUGGAGUCUGGAGGGGGGCAGUGGGUCAGCAACCUGACUGAGACCGACAAACUCAACUUCAUCUGCACCACUGAAGGGGAGUGGCUCUCUGCUGCCCUCUACUGGCAGAAGGUGUAG